GUAUUCUUCGUCCGCCGCUGACGUAUUCUCAACGAGCUGAACUCGCACAGUUCUUCACGAGACACAUCCGUAUGGCGUACAUAAUAGCCAGGUUGCGCAACUUGCCGGGAUACGUACGUGCGACGACGAGCUGACGACCUCGAGGAUGAUCACCACCGGGUACCCACGUGUUCCGCGGUUUCCUGCCCGCGUAUGCGUUUCUCAAAUUCUACUUUUGCAAUCACCCGUUUCUGUACGAAAUCUCUGUAUCGUCGCAGUGGUAUUGUCUGCCCGUCAUAUCGGCAAAGGUACGUACGAGAUGGCCUUGGAAGUUUUCUUGACAAAUUGGAAUCGCUCGUGGAUACCAGAGAAACGAUUUCGCUGUUUGUUCGUUUUUCUGUCAUCGGUCAACGCGACGUUGCGAAUGAAAACGGUCCUUCUGCGAAUUUCGACGAUGGGGGUGUGUCCUAGUUGAAUCCUCGUGAAAAAUUCCACAGGGAUCCUCGCAAGAUGCCUUCUCGCAGAAGCGGGACGCCGGUACGCAAGGGCAAACGGAGGGAAUACAGCUACAACCGUUACAUUCACAAGGUGUUGAAGGACGUGGACGCCCAGUUCGGAUUAACCGGCAGGGCGAUGGAGAUAAUGAACAGCUUCAUGGCUGACAUGUUCGGUCGAAUCGCGACGGAGGCUUCGCGGCUGGCGACGUACAACGGCAAAGUGACGGUGACCCCGAGAGAAAUUCAGACCGCCGUCAGGCUCCUCGUUCCCGGAGAUUUGGGGAAAUUCGCCGUCGCGGCGGGCGCGAGAGCCGUCACGAAAUACAGCACGUCGUGAGAGGGGAGCGAUUCGAAACUCCAUCUCCGUACCUUCGACUCUGGUUGUUCACCGCAAAUUGUUACCGAUAAGAAUCAAAUACAAAA